AUGGAUCAAGCUUCUGUCGCAACCAACGCCCGGUUCGAUGUCAUCAAAUUUGAGGAUCUAUCGAUUGAAAGCUCCUGGACUAAACUUGGAGAAGGUUCAUUUGGGAGUGUCUAUCGAGCCCAGUAUCUUGGCCUUCCCGUAGCCAUUAAGGAAAUCAUUCCGCGCACGGACUAUGAUGUGGAGAAGUACUUUGCGAGAGAAUGCAAGAUCUUACGAGAGGCUCGUCAUCCUAACAUUGUACAAUACCUUGGACUCUACGAAUUCCUCUACGGGAAAAAGAAACCGCGUAAAAACGCUAAGAAAUCGCGUGUGCUGAUCAUCAGUGAAUAUGUGCCCAAGGGAAACCUUCGCAAUUAUUUAAAUUCACGUGCAAACGUGAUGAAUUCUGACCCAUUAUCCUGGAGACUAAGGAUAUCGUUCGCAAUCGACAUUGCUCGCGCCGUGGCCUACUUGCACGAAAGGAAAUGUUUACAUCGGGAUCUAAAACUUGAUAAUUGCUUGUUAACUGAAAAUUUCCGUGUCAAGUUGUGCGAUUUUGGCUUAGCGAGGUUCGAGGCCAGAACUGCAGAAGAAGUUAGACAAUUGAGCUUUUGCGGAACCGAUGGUUACAUGUCACCAGAAAUACUCCGAGGUGCUCCUUUUGACCUAUCGACGGACGUUUACAGUCUAGGAAUAAUAUUUUGCGAAUUGAUUUCAAUGAAGCUGGCCGGUGUCUGUAACAGUAGCAACAGCAUUUACGAUGAAUCUGCAUUCCUUCAACGAGCUCCACCGAGAUACUCGAUAAAAUCCUCGGAUGUCACCUCGCUCUUAGAAGCUCAAUCUGCUGGUUGUCCCAAAACUUUCAUCGAGCUCAGUCUUCGUUGCACCCAAGUGGAUCGUCAUUCAAGACCGACUCUUAAAGAAAUUUUAUCUGCACUGGAUUCCAUCGAACAGCUCAUCAUUCAUCAAGAGCAUCAAAAAUUAGCCGGUGAAAAAGAUGAAGCGCGUGCUAAACAAAACACUGUCCCUGCGGUCGGUAGCUUGAAAUUUGCUAAAUCGAACGUCAAACUCGUGGGCAAAUAUAGCUUCAAGCGCAUGCCGAGCUUCCACGGACAAGUCAUCAUACCCAAAACUGCCAUGGCCACCACAUCCACCCUGGACCCUAACCUUCAACUCAAACUCAGCUGUCUGGAAGACAAGGAACCGUUCAACUCCAAGUCAAUAAUUGAUUUCGGAAUUGAUUCUUUCUUCAUUGAUCCCCGCCUGUUGCCUCUGAUCAACCUGAAGAAGGACACAGCUCUGACAGCGGACUUUUUUGGGUCUACUCUCAAGAUGCCUGGUCCAGUGAGUGUGAGGAAGACCUUUCCUUCGGCGUUUUUGAAGCCACUCCAAUCAACAGAGAACUUGGCCACCAACAUGCCCACCACAGAAGAUAAAUUAGUUCGUUCGUCCUCAACGGCUUCGACUGAAUCAACUCCCUCAGAGUCUCCUAUUCCCGAAAUUCUUGAUGCUCCGGGAGUUUCAGAGUUCAUUCUUUCUCAGUUGGGUAGCAUCCCAACCAUACCCAGCAAAAGCAACACUGCUUCAUCCACCAGCGAUUCCUUUAAACUGGCUAUGAAGGAACUAGACCAGGCUUGCAAUAUUAUUCAAGGUUCAAAUUCGGAACUUGAUAACUCAAAAGCCGAUCUGAGUGCCCCUGUUUCGCCAGACAGAACCCCCAGAAACCCACACUUUAGGGGAGAUGAACCGCAAGUAUUCAAAAGUCCACUAGGUAGCACCCUGACCAUAGUCCCGGACAUGUUCAAAUUUAAUCGUCAAACCUGCUCUGAAUCCGAACCGUUGUUACAAUCUGAGGCGGAAGGCGAGGGCAAGUCGCUCACCUUAUUACCGCAUCGGUUCACAAUCGUCAAAUCGCAUUGGCUCGCUAAACUCCUUAACUUGAAUCACAAAGACUCGCCAUCUCAAGAGCCGAAGACCGAAAAGUUGUGCGGAGCUUGUCAUAAACAAAUUGGCUCAAGAAAGACAUUCUUGCGAUGUGACGAUUGUGGCGAAAAUUGUCAUAAAAAAUGCAGCAAUAGUCCCGAACUUUCUCCCUGCAAACGAUGA